UCCUCCGCUGAACUCCGUGUGAAGGCGACACCCCGGGUGUCCAGAGCUAGUCCUUCGUGCGGCGCGGAAAAUGGCGACAGGGAGAGUUUUGUGGUGCUGGCUGCUUGUGGCAACUUGGCAAUAUUUGCCGUGUUUCUGUACAACAACUUACUCAGGAACUACGGCGGCUCAGUGGACACUGUACCCACAUCUACAACUGUCUUGGAACCAGGCAUCCCAGUUUUGCAACUCUUUAGGAGGACAUCUGCCGGUCUUGAACACCCAGAUACGAUAUCACGGGUUUAACGAAACAGCUGUAAAAUGGCGCAGUGGGACUUCGAUAAACGACAUCUGGACUGGCCUUUACUCACCAACUCCUAAUGAGACGCCCAACAGAUGGGAGGGAGACUGCUCGCCACAGCCGGAUGGUCUCUCGUUCUGGGGAGAUGGUGAACUAAUUUUCAACAGACAGAUUUUUGUGUUAUGUACAAACAGGACAACCAAAAAUUGUGUACCUGGAACUGCAAGGCCGUGCAGCGCUGUGUGCGAAUUUGACAAAGGUAGUUGUCGUUCCACUACAAUGCCUGGUUCAUUGCCUGGUUCAUUGCCUGGUUCAUUGCCAAACCUGCAGACUCAGCAGCUUAAUGCGUCUACUCCGGACAGCUGCUGGCAAAAGUGCAUGAGUUAUCCUCCCUCAAACGGACAAGAAUGUGUGGGCGCAGUGUUUUUCUUGCAUGCACAGUUUUCUUCAGAUGACAUCAACAACAUCAGCACGCAGAACAUUUCCACCAACAUCAACAGCUCACCACGACCUGCGGUAGAUCCGUGCAGCACCAUCACAACAUCUUCAUCCCCUAAUCGUCCCUACGUCCACUUCAACCCAACCACAAGCAUCAUCAGAGACCGCCACCACUGCACAGUCCACUGA